CUUGUGAUGUGAAAUAUGCAAAUAUCUUCCACAAAAAAAUAUCUGUCCCAAGUUAAAAGGAAGAAGGCCUUUACUCUUGUUGACCACAUCUUGGGAAAAUGCAUUCUUCUACUCUGCCCAUACAAACCAUUUCCACGAAAAGCAUAAACAAAUUUCCAAAUCCAAGAGCUCCAUGGAAAUCCCAUAACAAAGAUAUUUGUAAUAAUUCUGUCAUAUGCAGAGCUCAUACUUCUUCAAUCACUGAUUUUGACCUCUAUGAUCUUCUUGGAGUUGAGAGUUCAUCUAACCAGGCACAGAUUAAGCUGGCCUAUAGGAAUCUUCAGAAGCGAUGCCACCCGGAUAUUGCCGGACCAUCCGGUCAUGACAUGGCUAUCAUACUCAAUGAAGCUUAUGCUCUUCUUUCUGAUCCUAUUGCACGUAUGGCUUAUGAUAAGGAAGUGACAAAAAUAGAAGAUUUAAGGGGGUACACAGGAAAACCUUUGUAUUCGGCAUGGUGUGGUGAAGAGAAUGAAGAAAGAGCUGUGUUUGUUGAUGAAGUAAAGUGUGUAGGCUGCUUAAAAUGUGCAUUGUUGGCUGAAAAGACAUUUGCUGUUGAAUGUGUGUAUGGAAGAGCCAGAGUUGUUGCUCAAUGGGCUGAUACAGAAGCCAAAAUUCAAGAAGCUAUAGAUGCAUGUCCAGUUGAUUGCAUCUCAGUUGUUGAGAGGUCGAAUUUGGCUGCACUUGAAUUCCUAAUGGCCAAGAAGCCACGAGGCAAUGUUAGCAUUGGUGCUGGCAAUACAGUUGGUGCUCGCACCUCCAAUAUAUUUGAUGAUCUAGACAAAUUCCAGAGCAGAUAUCAAGAUGCCUUCAACAAAGAUUUCAAAAACAAUCCUAAGGCUUUAGAAGAGGCACGAAUGGCAGCAUUUCAAGCAAUCCGAGCAAUGUCAAAUUGGUUCUACUGGCAGUCACCAAUUGGAGGAGCUGCAGAAGCCGUCCAAACUUUGGUACCAGUUAGGAGAAGGCUAAUUGAACCCGAUGUUAAGAAGCUCAGACAUGCUGUAGAAGCUAUGAAACAAGUCAAAAAAGAAACAACUAAUCAAAGGAGCAACGAUGAGUAUUGGUCUCCAUCAACUCCUACACUUCCGGCAGCAACAGACACUAGUUUGACAGUAGAUGAAGUUUCCUCUCCCAAACUACCGGCGGAAUUCUAUGAUGAAACUUUCUCACCUAAGGAGAAACAUCAAGACAGUCCCUGGCUCCGGGGAGUGCCAUUAACAACAGCAACAGCAGCAGCAAUUAUAGUUUGGAUAAAACUUGGGGAAGAAGCGACAGUUAGACUCAACAAUCAUAUUGGUGGUUCUCUCGCAUUAGACAUUGUCAACAGCUCAUGGCUCAAGGUCAUUCUGGCAGGUGUUACAUGGUAUAUGAUUGGUAUGGCUCUAGUGGAACUCACGGGGUCUCUUCAUAGUUUGUUUAGCAAGGACAGAACAUUAUGAAAAAAUUCAUUCUGGAAGAAAAGCGUGUAACUGGAAGGCAUAUAAAUCUUGUACCAUAAAUGUAAAGUUAUUAUAUGGUCUAAUCAAUUUUUAAAGUUAUUGUAUGGUCUAA